AUGUCAGAUUCCAAAAUCAACCUACCAGUCACAGAUGCAUUCGUUCAUGUCCAGCUCCUCAACGGAGGAAGCAUGACUGCAGAAUGCCAUAAGAUUCACGCGGAUGAGCCAGCAGACAAAUUCCGGCUAUAUAAUUGGGCUUUUUAUAUCCAUCAUCCACUCUUUCAGCGACGCAUCAUCUGGGACUUGGGGUUAACAUCGUGUACUGGUCGGAAGGCUCUGGACGAUUAUCCACCGGCUAUUGCAAAUGGGGCACUAAAAGAAGCUCAAUUCGAGGCUCCUCAUGAAUCAAUUCCGGACCAAAUCAAACGCAGAAACGGAGUCACAGCGGGUGAAAUCGACGCCAUCAUUUUCAGCCAUGCCCAUUUCGAUCACUGCCGGCCGACCCGUCGGACGUUCCCAAAUGGAAUAGCUUUUUUUGGCCCCGGCACGUCGGAGUAUUGUAGUCCAGGUCACCUAGCGGACCCAUCCUCGAUCUGGGAUGGACGAUUCUUCGAUCCGGAACAGGCAACGGAGCGCUGGGAGACGCUACAAGGCCCCUGGGUGCCCUUUGGACCGUUCACCCACGCUAUGGACUUCUUCAAAGAUGGGAGUUUUUGGAUCAUUCAAGCCCCCGGCCACAUGCCGGGUAACCUGUGUGCCUGCGCCAGGCUUGAAAUGGGUGAAUGCGCACUGUUUGAUGGAACUAAGGAGUUUGGGACUUUCAAACUCCCUGACGGAUCUACGUUCUGUCUCCACACGGAUGUCUCUGCUGCGAAGGACACCCUGGCACGAAUGAGGGUAAUGGAGAGCUUGGGGAGUCACAUUGCACUUGCCCAUGACACUACUUGGAUGGAGAAGGAAACUGACCAAGUUUUGAUAUCGUUACUAGACGAAGCAUUCCUAAGGGACAUGCGUGUCGCGUUGAGGCAGCAAGCACCCUUCUAG